UGCAGUUGUGCGUCUGUAACUGGGCUGUGCAGGCGACAGCGGAGGCCCGCACAUUCACUGCGCACCUGGCGCUUUAUUUGCACACAGAAUAAAAGAGAAAGAGAGACUUAUCUUCCAGAGAAAUAGAGAGAGAGAAAUGAAGAUAAAAGAGGAGGGGUAGCUAACUGCCUGUGAAGAUAAUGAGGGAACCCUUGAGAAAUGAUCCUGAUGGAGAGGAAAACCUGACUGGGAUGUAAACACCGAUCAACAGUCUCUGAUCAGGAGUGUUUUCCACGAUGACGCCACAUGAGAUCACCAUCUUAACUCACCUGCUCCUGCUCUUCCAGGACCUCCUCCCCCUUACCCUGUCUCUCCUCCAGCCUCCUCACAAUCCACCCAUGCAUGUGCCCACCCUGGUCCCCCACACACCAACACCUCUGACCCGCUCCCGCUUCAGUGCCGAGGCCCAGCUGGACUUCACCACGCACUGCAACUACAGCUGCUUCCACAGAGGUGAGCAGGAGGAGCCAAGGGAGCAGCUAAUGGAAAAAUUGGCCUUUGAGACGCUGUAUGGAGACGGCUUCCGCACCCUCACCACGGUGGAGGUAGAGGAUGAUGAUGAUGAUGCUCUUCACCCGACUCACCUGCCUCCCUGGACGAGAGUGAAGCACAGGCGGAUGAAGAGGCAGAUCUACGGUGCAGACGGGCGUUUUAACAUCCAAGGUGACAACUUCCUGCUGGAUUAUCCUUUCUCCACAGCUGUGCGCAUCUCCACCGGCUGCACGGGCGUCCUCGUGUCUCAGCAGCACGUCCUCACUGCUGCCCACUGUGUGCAUGAUGGGAAGGAUUAUGUUCAUGGGGCACGAAAGCUCAGGGUGGGCUUCCUGAUCCCUCCAUCCAUCAAUGGCACCAAAACCGGACGGAUUCCCAACAAGAAGCCUCUGGUCCGCUGGGUGCGGGUGAAGCGUACUCGGGUACCAAAGGGCUGGAUCCAGGGCCCUCAGGAGAUCAGCAUGGACUUUGACUAUGCCCUGCUGGAGCUGCGCUGGCCUCACCGGCGUCCUUUCAUGCGCCUCUGGGUGGCUCCCUCCUCUGAUAAUCUGGCAGGGAAUCGCAUCCACUUCUCCGGGUUUGACAGCGACCGUCCAGGGGAGCUGGUGUACAGGUUUUGCCCUGUUGAGGAGGAGUCCAGCGACCUAAUAUACCAGCACUGCGACGCCCGGCCCGGAGCCAGCGGCUCUGGAGUGUACGGACGGGUGUGGGACAACGCUUUGGAGCGCUGGGAAAGGAAGGUGAUUGGGAUUUUCUCUGGACACCAGUGGCUGGAGAUAGAUGGAGAGAACAGGGAUUACAAUGUUGCUGUUCGCAUCACGCCUCUGAAGUUUGCCCAGAUCUGUUACUGGUUGCAUGGAAACCGACUAGACUGCACCCCAGACUAAAAAGGAGCACAAUGUAAUUUAAAAACACACAGGGUGAAUGUUUUUAGAUACUUCUGCAAACAUCUGAGUGAAACAGACAUAUUUCCAUGUAGGGGUCUGUCUUUGCACCAGUAAAAAUCUGCUUUUGGCUCCAUUUCCCCGAUUUUCCCUCUCCUAUAUUUAAUUGGCUCCCUGUAACCUCCCGCCCGUUAAUUAAAUCUGCCAGUGAGAUCAUCACAGCUUCUUUUUUGCCCAGUUAGAUUAAUGUCAGGGUUUCCACAAUAACUACAGCUCCUAAAGAGGGAAAACCACUUUCUUCUAGUGCAGCAGCAGUCCUACUGUCGAUUACUGUAAUCUACUGAAGAUAAAUUAUAAUCCUCCCUGCUCUUUUAUCUGCAUCAUACUUUGGUUAUUUUGGCAAUUCUCCAUUUAUAAUACAGUUCCUUCUCCUCCCUCCUGCACGCAACUGAAAAGUAAAUAAAUAAUAAAACUGCUUUUUAACAUUCCAUCUGACAUUAUAGAUUUCUCAUAAUUGACUGGAAACAGAAUGUUAACUUAAUUUUUUGAGAAAUGCUUGAUAUUUUAAUAAACAGAGAUUUAAGUUUG